AUAAAUCGAUUAGGUGUGAACAAAUUAUCGAAUACGUCUCUGAAGAACAAUAAGAAAUUAUCAACUCGAGCAAAUCCAUUUCAGUAGUUGAUAACAUCCUCAGCAACAAUACAUUGAAAAUGGAUACUCUGGUUUGCAUAGACGAUUACGAGAAAUAUGCUCAAUCGUUUUUGCCUAAGAAAAGUUUCGAUUUUUACAAAUCCGGUGCUGGAAGAGAAACAACCUUAAAAGAUAACCAAUUGGCGUUUUCCAGAUAUAAACUGAGACCCAGAAUCCUUAGAGAUGUUUCUCAAAGAGAUAUGUCAACAACAAUUUUAGGUGAACAAAUUUCAAUGCCUAUAGGAAUUGCACCAACCUCUUUGCAGAAAAUGGCACACCCAGAUGGCGAGUUAGCAAGUGCUAAAGCGGCAGAAGCUCUGGGAACUAUAUUCAUAUUGAGCACAGCUUCGAAUAGCACAAUAGAAGAAGUUGCAGAAGCAGCUCCUGAAUGCGCGAAGUGGUUUCAGUUGUAUGUCUUCAAUGACAGGAAUUUGACCAAGAAUUUAAUCCAAAGAGCUGAAAAAGCUGGUUUCAAAGCAUUGGUAGUUACAGUUGAUUUGCCAGUUAUGGGCAUCAGACUGGCUGAUAAAAGGAAUAAAUUUACACUUCCACAAAAUUUAGAGUACGCAAAUUUCCGUGAAAUUUCUCAAAUUUUGAAGAAUAAGAACUCCAAAGUGGAUCUAGCAGCUUUCAUUAAUGGUUUGAGCGAUGCUUCUUUGCAAUGGGAAGAUAUAAACUGGUUGAGAUCUAUAACAAAAUUACCAAUCAUUCUCAAAGGAAUAAUGACAGUUGAAGAUGCAGUUUUAGCUGCGAAAGCCAAUGUUGAUGGUAUUAUUGUAUCCAACCAUGGAGCUAGACAACUUGAUGGUACUUUAGCAACAAUCGAUGUUUUGCAAGAAAUAACUGAAGCAGUGGGUCAGAAGAUAGAAGUUUAUUUAGAUAGUGGCAUUAGAGAUGGGACUGACGUCUUCAAAGCUUUAGCCUUAGGAGCAAAAAUGGUUUUCGUAGGAAGACCUAUUCUAUGGGGCCUAGCUGCCGGUGGAGAAAAUGGCGUGAAAAAUGUUCUAGGGAUUUUGAGACGAGAGUUUGAUACUGCAAUAGCACUUUGUGGUUGCUGCUCUAUCAGUGAUAUCAAUUCUAAUAUGAUAGUUCAUUGUUCCAAGUUGUAAAUCUUAUGAUUUCAUCGAAUUGAAAUAAAGAGAUCACCAAUAGAA